GUCUGUGGAUUGGACGCUUAUUACCGGAAAAAAUAAAUAGGGUUAGAUUUCUUUUGCCGUGCGAAAUAUUUUCAUAAACAUUAAAUUUACACGAACACGCUUUCUCUGCAUUACACUAUCAUUAAAUCGUUGUAAGUUAUUUUAAGCCGAAGAAAAUACAUAUUGUGCGUCAUAUUUUAUAAAAGAACAAGAACAACAUGAGCGAAAAACAACUGUCUGCUGUUGAAGCCGAAUUAUAUGACCGACAAAUUCGUUUAUGGGGGAUAGAAUCACAAGAACGAUUAAGGGCUGCUAAUAUUUUACUUAUUGGUAUUCGAGGACUGGGGUCAGAAAUUGCAAAAAAUAUACUACUGUCUGGUAUAAAUUCACUAGUUGUACUCGACGAUGGUAUUGUAACAGAGGAAGAACAACUGAAGAACUUUUUGUUAAGUAAAGAUAGUAUUGGUAAAAAGAUUGCUGAAGAAGUAUUACUUAAAGCACAGGCUUUAAAUCCUUUAGUCAAAAUAUCAGCAGAUACAUCCUCUCCAACUUCUAAAGAUGGCACAUUCUUCGAAGAUUUUACAAUUAUUAUAGCAACGGGCCUUAAAACUGAUUUUCUCUUGAAAAUUGACAAGAUUUGUCGCUCCAAGAAAAUAAAAUUUAUUGCGGGAGAUGUGUUUGGCACCUUUGGGUUUUCUGUAGCAGAUUUCUUAAAUCAUGAAUAUUUUGAAGAUCAAGUGAAGUUAAUUGCCAAAAAGCGUGCUCACGAUGGAACUGAAACUAAACCUGAAAAAGAGACUGUGAAGGUCAAAUCUGAGAUUAUUUAUCCGGAAUUGAAUAAAGUGAUAAUUUUGCCUAAUACCAAGCAAAGUGUUGAACAUAUUAAGAAAGUAAAGAGGAGAAACGAAUAUUUCUUUCUUAUGCUGACUCUAUUGGAAUUUCGUGACAGACAGGAGCGCAACCCAGAUAUUUCAAAUAAGGAAAAGGAUAUAAAAGUUUUACAAGAAAUUAAAUCAGAAAUUCUUGAUUUGUAUGGUAUCGAUCAAGAAAAACUGGAUGAUGGAUUGCUUGAACUUGUGUUUGGUGAAAUAGUACCAGUGUGUGCCGUCCUAGGAGGUGUUAUUGCCCAAGAAGUCAUUAAAGCAGUAUCAUUAAAAGAAGCACCAAUCAAUAAUGUCUUCUUGUUUGAUCCUUUAACUUACAGUGGUAAGGAAGAAACUGUAGGAUAGAAAAUUAAAACUAUUUAUAUUCCAUUAAAGUUGAACAAACAACAACUUUUAUGAUCUUUUUUAUAUGUGUCUGGUAUAUCGAAUUUUCUGCAGAUACAUUAGUAUCCAAAGUAAUUCUCUGUACAUACAUCUGUUGCUUUAGUUAUUUCAUGAAGUAUUCACUGCACAAUUCAAUUAACUCCGCUUUAUGAAAAGUCUUUAGUAUAGAGUCACUUGGUACAUUCAUAACUUUUUAUAUUUGUUAAUUAUUUUAACAUUUUUCCAAACAUCAGAGGUUACCAUUUCUCUAAUGUCUGAAAAAAUGAUGUAAAUAUGAUGUAAAAAUGGAUUUACACAUGUUUUACACUUAAAAUUAAGAUUUUUCAAAAAUGGGGUUAAUCUAAUAUUGCAGUGAAUGGCUCAUAUUGCAAAAACUAAGAUAUAAUUGAAAUAACAUAUUUUUUUUAAUCAAAACAAAUAUUUUUUAAAACAACUAGUUUUAAGAAGUUAUUUCUAAAUAUGUAAUGAUCUUCAUAUUUAUUAAAUAUUUUUUUGUCAUAG